GGGGCCGGUAUAAGGUGUCAGCCCCGGGGGCGGCCCCGCCGCAGUCCGGUGCCGGUGCCGGCGCCGCCGCCAUGGAGGAGGCGCAGCGGCUGCUGACGGUGUCGGUGUGGAAGCUCCACCGGGGCCGGUUGCAGCGCGGCGGCCUCCGCCUCCACCGCAGCCUCCAGCUCUCGCUGCUGCUCCGCGCCGCCCGGCACCGCUACCUCACCGCCCGGGCCGCCGCCGGUACCCCCCCGCAACCGGGACCACCCCCCACCGACACCCCGCCGAGCGCCGCGCCCGGCCGCCCCGCCGGUAACAGCGACCCGCAACGGGGGGAGACACCGGGAACGACCAACCGGGACCCCCGCAGCGACCGGGACCCCUUCAUCCGACCGAUCUGGGCCCCCCCCAGCCCACCGAACCGGGACCCCCGCAGCGCCCCGAACCGGGGGGACACCCUCAACCGACCGACCUGGGCCCCCCCCAGCGCACCGACCCCGGACCCCCGCAGCGACCGGGACCUCCAGAACGCUCAGAACCGGGACCCCCCCGAGACCGCCGAACGGGGACCCCCACAGCGUCCAGGACCGGGACCCCCAGAGCGCUCAGAACCGGGGGGACCCCCUCAGCCGACCGGCCUGGGACCCCCCCAGCGCACCGAACCGGGACCCCCGCAGCGACCGGGACCGGGGGGACCCCCUUAGCCCACCGGACCGGGUCCCCCCGAGCGCUCAGAACCGGGACCCUCGGAGCGCUCAGGACCGGGGGAAUCCCCCGAGCCCACCGAGCCGGGACCCCCGCAACGACCGGGACCCCCCGAGCCCACCGACCCCGGA